AUCCCGAGACUGAGCGACCCUCCGGAGGAGUAAAACCGAUCGGACGAAUUCGGAGGCUGGGCAUACGGUUGGGUAUAAAACACUCGAUCGGCAGCGAAGCCAGCGUCAGUCACGCUUAACUUCGGUUUCCUGCACGACACGAGCUGCAAACAUGAAGGUCGCGAUUGUUUUCCUCGCCAUGUUGGUCUGCGCGCUGGCCGACCAGAAGUACACGACCAAAUACGACAACAUCGACUUGGAUUCGAUCCUGAACAGCGACCGUCUGCUCAACAACUACGUAAACUGCCUGUUGGAUGUCGGAAGUUGUACGCCCGACGGCAAGGAGCUUAAGAAGUCUCUGCCGGACGCCUUGGAAAGCGACUGCGAAAAGUGCAGCGAGAAGCAGAAAACAGGCAGCGAGAAGGUCAUCCGGUUCUUGAUUAAUAAGCGGCCGAUGUUGUGGGAAAGGCUGGCAAAGAAGUACGACCCGACCGGCGAGUACAAGAUCAAAUUCCAGGACACGGCGAAGGAAGCUGGAAUCAAAAUAUAAGUAGUUUCACGAUGUGAAAUUCACGUUCACGAAGAUGUCGAGACAGGGGACAGAGGAUGAUUCGUCGGUUCCUCCGCUGGUACAUCUUACUCUGCAGAAGACUAUACUACUUUCCACUUUUCUCUGUUUUCCUUUUAAUCUUGUAUUCAUUUAGAACAUUACGAAAUAAACGUUGCAUCUCUGCGUAGAAUCAGAA